CGACUGUCUUUUCCCUCGCCAGAGGAUGAAUAUCAACAUGAACUUCGCCGCAACACUCACCUCCCGUCUCGCCUCUCGGUCUUUCUCGUCGCGUAUGUCCGAAAGGAAGGCUGAGAGCGCUAGCAUCGCGUCGUCGCAAGCAUCGUGCACGUCCGGCUCGAGUUCCUCAGAGGGCUCUUCGUUGAGCCGCUCUCUGGAUUCCCCAUGCACAUCGGAGCCGGGUGAGCUACGCUCAAACGAGCAUCUUGCGGUCCUCCUGCACAGGAGCUUCUGGAAGCCUGACAGAGAGGCGCGUUACUGCGACAUCUUUAUGUGCCAGAAGAAGUUUACUAUGUGGGAGCGCAAGCAUCAUUGUCGCAAAUGCGGUGGCAUCGUCUGCGGCGACUGUUCCGCGCGCAUGACCAAGCUGCUUGAUACAACGAACCUUGAGUUCUCCUACCCCCCGCGCCACACGCCCAUUGAUACCUUUGAUUCGCCCACAUCGCCCGUCCUAGAGUAUCGCGUCUGCGACCAUUGUUGGGAUCAGAUUCAUGGUGUCCGCUCGCCGCGCUCCCCGAUCUCGCGCGCCUCCACACCCAUCGCAUUGCUGCAGGAAGCGCUGAAGGGCUUGGACUCGCCCAGGUCCUCCGCGUCCUCGUCGCUCCCCACUCCUCUUGAUGCGUCGCCUAUUCUGCGCCCGUCUCUUCAUCGCGCGCGCACCGCGUCGCCCCGCACCCCGUCUUCGCCCUUACGUUCGCCCGUGCAGUCCCCGCACUCGCUCACCAAUUCGGUCCACGUUGCGGACAAUGAAUUGAAGGAGGACCUCGGGGAGCUCGAAGCCUACCCGCUCCGCCAUGCGAGCGCGAUCUGUAAAGCCACUGGUGGCGGCCGCUGGGAGCCGAAGCCGCGUAUCAACCUAAUCGGCUACCGCCUGCCUGGCCAGAAGGCGCAGUACGAGAUCGACCUCGAACGCGAGGAGGAAGAGCGCAAGCGGCGCAAGCAGAAUCCCGUCAUUAUAGACGGAGAUUUCCAACUUCGGGUUCCGUGCGAGAUCGAGCCUCGCUCUCCUGCCGGCCCCAUCACCCUGUCCACGUUCUAG